AUGAAGAGUUCUAAACCAAAUUCUACCGGCUCAUCUGCGCCCUAUAUCGCUCGUAGAUCACAGCCUUUACGCCAAACUCGAAGCAAUCCAUCUCGGCCAAACAUCUCGGGAUCUAGAAAUAACUCCUCGAAAACGCCUCUUGGCUCUGAGGAGCUGCCAGCCAUAGACAUAUUUCCCGCAAUAACACACUUCGCAGACGCUAUUUCGGCCCUUCCGAAGGAGCUAGUCCGGCAUUUUACACUGCUCAAAGAAGUUGACGCAAAAAUUUUUAUGCCAGAAGAAGAGCUUACAAGCUUAGUUAAUGAUGCUCUCAACUGUCCCUUUCCACCGAAUCUUAGGCUAGUAGAAGAACAAAAUAGACUUGCUCAAGAUUAUACACCCUCCAAUACAUCCACUAAUCUCAGUGACUCUUUUAUUAACGGUUGCUUAAGUUCCAAUAAUACCCUCGCGUCAGACUCUGACUCCAUCUGGAAUCCCUCGAACAUUAACAGACGUCAAAUUUUUAAAAAAUGUGCUCUCACGAUGCAAGGAAUGCUUGUUUCACUAGAUGAGAAGAACCAUGUUAUAUCAACGGCAGGAGAAGCAUUGGCAAAACAUCUCGCCCGUAUAGAUGAUUGUUUACCAUACAUUGAGCUUGAAAUCAGUGAGGAAGCUCGCAACGGUAGCAAGACUCAUUGGGCGUACCCAGGAAAUCGUAUAGCCAAGACAAACAAUAAUAGCGCUCUGCGCAAGGAGAACUCGGGCCAUGCAAUAUCUGCUGCUGCGCAGCAGACAGUCUAUGAUGCUACAACUAGGAGUGAUGCGAGAAAGCAGACACUUCUUGAAAAAAAGAAGGGUCGUCAAAGUCACAUUGACUCAGACUUUGACGAACAAACUGACGGAAAGCAAAAAGAGAAGAAAAUUAAUAAUACUAGCAAAGCCCGUAAGGCAGCAGAGGUUCCUGUAGGAAUAACACAUGGCUCUGCAACGCCCAAUGGUCAUGCACCAAAACGCCGCAAAGUUGAAAAGGUGACGGCAGGUUGUACUAGCAAAGAGCGAUCUCCAAGUACUGUUUCCAAUAAUAAUAAUAAUAUAAUAAUUACGUCAACGAAGGGAAAAACUGUGAGCCCAAGAUGCACACCACAACCCGAGGGGCAGAAAAAGCGAUCGAGAGCAGCCCCUCCAUCUUUUAAUAUAUCGACAAAUAAGAAAAGAAACAAUACCGUCACUCCGGUUGCGUUAUCGCCGCCACUAGCCGUCUCCCCAACGCGGGCCACUUUUUAUGAUUCGAAAAUGAAUGGAAACCCUUCAUCGCCACCUCCAUUAAAUGGCGGCAGGCCUCCAUCUAUAAGACACCGGCGAAAUUCAGUUCAAUCAAAUAUAGAAAGGCAACCCCCAACUCCCACGAGUAGGGCGAGUGGUCACUCAGCAUCAGACUCUUUUUCAGCGGUAGAUAUACCUAGGAGGUUUCCACAUGAAGACCAAUCUGCAGUAAAAGAAAGUAGUGCAUUAUCAACUUUUGAGGCCCCCAGCGAGCAUACGGUGCCUCACGAUACCCAGAUAAAUGGUGAAGUCACGUCAACUGGAAAAAAAAGUGUAUUUCAUCGCUCUGAAGCAAACGAGGCAAAUGGUAAUACCACGUCGGCCAUACAGACUACAAUUAUCACAACCACCAAAAGUGGACGGGCGAGCAAAACUUCGACGCCUUCUAUACCAUCAUUUAAUGAGCCCACUCGCUCCAGGGUAUCUCGUUUACCAUUAGAUUCUACGAGCAAAAGAAGUCACAAAAGAGGAAUGGGGGCAGCAGCGCAACUAGUUUCGACUCAAAACAUAGAGCUAGACCAAAGUAAAAAGGAACAGGAUGAUGAUAUAGAUAUAGAUGUCGAUGAACCUCGAUAUUGCUAUUGUGACAACGUCAGCUAUGGCGAGAUGGUUGGUUGUGACGCUGAUGGUUGCAAGAGAGAGUGGUUCCAUCUUGCGUGCGUUGGAUUAAAGACGGCCCCUAAAGGAAAUGCCAAGUGGUACUGCGAAGAUUGUAAAGAUUCCACGAAAGGAAAGGGUUAUAAUAACAGUCGAUGA